AUGGAGGAAAGAAUUGCAUCACCACCAUUAACGCCGCUGCCGGAAAAACCAGCAACAAAGGUCGACCCAAUAAUGGUGAUUGUGUUGGUGUGCUUUUUAAGUGCCUUCUUCAUGAUCUGUGUGGUCUCAGCCUACUUUCGCCACUAUGCCGAACGACAGCUCAUUCUUGCGGCGAGUACAACAAACGGGAGUGAAACGGGGUCGAUGAGAUCGGUGGUGCAUGGGCUCGACCCAGCCGUGAUCGCCACAUUUGCGAGAUUUUCGUAUUCAAGUGUCAAGGGGAUAAAGAUAGGGCACACGGCGCUGGAAUGUGCCGUCUGCUUAAAUGGGUUCCAAGACCAUGAAACCCUACGCUUGCUACCCAAAUGCAGCCACUUGUUCCACUCAGAUUGUAUUGACACGUGGUUGGCUUCACAUAUCACGUGCCCAGUGUGUCGAGCUGACCUCAUGCCGAGACCUGGUGAACUCAAUCACAUGACCCAGUCAUUGCAUCAGCCGAUUGACCCAGACAUCGAUUGUGGCUCGACGGAAUUUCUUCUUCCAAGCGAGUCCAAACAUGAUAUAUCUACAACCCUUGAAAUGCCCCGAUCACAUUCAACGGGUCAUUCAGUGGUAGUUCGACCCAUUGAAAACGUCGAGAGGUAUACACUGCGGUUACCAAUUGAGGCACGAGAUCUUUUUGUGAAUCCGAUCACAAGCCUUCCCACGAGUCCACAUACGGUAUUCCCCAUGGAAAGUAGUCAAAAAAUGAGCUUCCGAAGUGUCAGUGUUGGAUCUACUAGAAGAUUGGAUUAUGUUCGUCGUGAUAGACGACAAGACGGGACAUCAAGGGACGGGUCUAGUGGUUCUCAUGUUAGCAAAUGGUGGAAAUGA